CGCGUGGUUGUGGGCGGGGAAGGCGCGAGGCGCGCCGCGCUGGGGACUGUCGUAAGAGGGGCGGGGCGCGCUGCCCUCGGGACUGUCAUAAAAGGGGCGGGACCCGCCGCGGUUGGGAUGACGUGAGCUGGGGGUGCUCGUCGCUGCGGCCGGCGGCUAGCGGGCAUCCGCGCCAUGGAGCGCUACGCGGGCGCCUUGGAGGAGGUGGCGGACGGUGCCCGGCAGCAGGAGCGACACUACCAGCUGCUGUCGGCGCUACAGAGCCUGGUGAAGGAGUUGCCCAGCUCUUUCCAGCAGCGCCUGUCCUACACCACGCUCAGCGACCUGGCUCUGGCGCUUCUCGACGGCACCGUGUUCGAAAUCGUGCAGGGGCUACUGGAGAUCCAGCACCUCACCGAAAAGAGCUUGUACAACCAGCGCCUGCGCCUACAGAACGAGCACCGAGUGCUCAGGCAGGCGCUGCGGCAGAAGCACCAGGAAGCCCAGCAGGCCUGCCGGCCCCACAACCUGCCUGUACUUCAGGCGGCUCAGCAGCGAGAACUAGAGGCAGUGGAGCACCGGAUCCAUGAGGAGCAGCGGGCGAUGGACCGGAAGAUCGUCUUGGAGCUGGACCGGAAGGUGGCUGACCAGCAGAGCACACUGGAGAAGGCGGGGGUGGCUGGCUUCUACGUGACCACCAACCCACAGGAGCUGAUGCUGCAGAUGAACCUGCUGGAACUCAUCCGGAAGCUGCAGCAGAGGGGCUGCCGGGCAGGGAAGGCAGCCCUGGGACUAGGAGGUCCCUGGCAGCCACCUGCUGCCCAGUGUGACCAGAAAGGCAGCCCUGUCCCACCAUAGCCACAGGCAGCAGAAGUCUGGGCAGAGUUCAUCUUCUUGACCUUUGGCCACUGCCUUUCCAGCUGCCCACAGGGGGUUCCUCCUGCUGAGGAGAGGCCAGGUGGACCCCAGCUGCCUGUCACCCUUCAUCUGGGACUUGCUGUCAAACCCUAGGAUAGUCUCAUAAAGGGGAGGCUGGGCCAGCCUGCUGCUGUCUGCUUCAGGGCCAGGCAGAGUGAGGCUGGGGGUUCUCAUACCUUACUCCAUGGGGCACAUCCCAACCUGCACUGGGGCCCACCCGAGUGCUUGUUCUGGUCUCAGCCGCUCCCUUGGCAGCUGCAGCCCCCAUGCAGAAGAGGCUCCGAGGCCCAAGCUCUGUGUGACCCAGAGAAAUAAAGAUGCCUCAGUGUGGCCCGCA